CAAGAACUCAUGGUUUCAUCAAUCUUUUUCUGACAAAAGAUUAUACCACAUCCAUACAGAAGAAAUAGGAAGAAGAAGAAGAGAAUACAGAGAUGGGAACAUUUAAGAGCUUUAGAAAGGCUUAUGGGGCUCUCAAGGACUCAACCAAGGUUGGCCUUGCAAAGGUCAAUAGUGAAUUCAAGGAUUUAGACAUUGCCAUUGUAAAAGCCACCAACCAUGUUGAAUGUCCUCCAAAAGAACGCCAUGUUCGAAAAAUAUUUUCUGCGACAUCAGUUGUUCGUCCACGAGCAGAUGUGGCAUAUUGCAUUCAUGCUUUAGCAAAGAGAUUAUCCAAGACCCGAAGUUGGAUUGUGGCCAUAAAGAUUCUAAUAGUUAUUCACAGAACAUUAAGAGAAGGUGAUCCUACAUUUAGAGAAGAGCUUCUAAACUACUCACACAGAGGACAUAUUCUCCAAAUAUCAAAUUUUAAAGAUGAUUCAAGCCCUCUUGCAUGGGACUGCUCUGCAUGGGUUAGGACAUAUGCACUGUUUUUAGAGGAACGACUUGAAUGCUUUAGAGUGUUAAAAUACGAUAUUGAAGCAGAACGCUUGACAAAGUCAUCGCCCGGGACAAGCAAGGCACAUAGUAGAACAAGGCUUUUGGCUAGUAAUGAAUUAUUGGAUCAAUUGCCUGCAUUACAACAACUUCUUUAUCGUCUUGUCGGUUGUGAGCCUGAAGGAGCAGCUUACAGCAAUUAUCUUGUCCAAUACGCCUUAGCUUUGGUAUUAAAAGAGAGUUUCAAGAUCUAUUGUGCUAUCAAUGAUGGAAUUAUCAAUCUUGUGGAUAUGUUCUUUGAUAUGUCAAGACAUGAUGCAGUCAAAGCUCUUAAUAUGUACAAAAGAGCUGGUCAACAGGCUGAAAAUCUUGCUGAAUUUUAUGAAUAUUGCAAAGGAUUGGAUCUUGCUAGGAACUUUCUGUUUCCAACAUUAAGACAGCCACCACCAUCAUUUCUUGCAACAAUGGAAGAAUAUAUCAAAGAAGCUCCACAAACAGGCUCUGUCCAAAAUAGACUGGAAUAUGAAGAGAGAGAGCAAUCACCUUCAGCACCAGAUGAACCUGUAAAAACAGAAAAGCAAGAAGAUAAAGUUGAGGAGCCUGAGCCUAAAUCAUUAAUUGAUCAAGAAGAGGAACCACAACCUAGGGAGGAACUGGAGGAACCUCAACCACUUAUAUCGACUGAAAAUACAGGAGAUUUGUUGGGUCUAAAUGAAAUAAAUCCAAGGGCUUUAGAACUAGAGGAAAGCAAUGCAUUGGCUCUUGCAAUAGUCCCACCAGGCACUGAUUCAAGAAAUCAUGGUAUAAGUGAAAUUGGUGGUACGGGAUGGGAGCUGGCACUUGUUACUACACCAAGCAGCCAUACAGCUCCUGUGGUAGAAAGCAAAUUGGCGGGUGGAUUCGACAAGUUAUUACUUGAUAGCUUGUAUGAAGAUGAAGCUGCUAGGAGACAGAUUCAAUUGACUAAUGCAGGAUAUGGAUAUGGAUAUGGAUAUGAAGGGAUGGCUGUGCCAAACCCAUUCCAGCAGCAGCAUGAUCCAUUUAUGUUGUCUAACAACAUUGCUCCCCCAACCAAUGUACAAAUGGCUUUAUUACAAGAGCAAAUGAUGGUACAACAACAACAGCAGCAAAUGAUGAUGGUACCUUACCAAUACCAAUCUCACUAUCCUCAACAGCCUCAAUAUCUUCAACAGCAGAUCCAAAAUCCAUUUGGAGACCCAUUUUUUAACCUCCCACCAGCUUCAACAUCACAACAAGGAAAUCAUGCACUACUUUAAAUGUUAUUUCAAUUUUAAUUUAUUUUUUUAAAAUUCUUUCAAGAAGAGGAAUCAUUUGUUUAUUCUGAAAUUAAUUUUACUUAUUUUUUCACUCAAUAAAAUAUAAAAGUUUGUCCUUUUCGUA